GCAGCUUGAACUAGGAGCUUACUCACCUGAUUUUUCUUUAAAAAAUGAAUUUUUUGUUAUAGCAGAAAUCAAGCAACAUCCUUAGAUCUUCCGAACCAUACGAAUUAAACUUGAAUUUUUGUUGAUCAUACAAAAAUUAGAAAGAAGAAGAAAUCAAUCCCGGCCGUUGAUCAACCCGAAAAUGAUGGAGUCGAACUCGAAUCUCCUUCAAUCUCACGAACCAAUGAGGGAUGCCUAUGGAUUUGCUGUCAGACCGCAACACAUUCAAACGUAUCGACAAUGCCUUAAUAUCUAUAAGGAAGAGGAAGAGGAAAGAUCGGAGAAAUGGAAUAUCUUCCUUGAACAUCAUGCAAAGACAAGUAAGGCCGAAGGAUCGGCUAAGAGUAGACAUGUCCUUAGUUGCAUUGAGAAUAUGAUGAAUUCAAGGGUUAAGAAAGGAAAUAAUAUGAAAAAUAAAAAUGUGAAUGGAAGUGGAGACCAUCUUCCAUCAAUAAAAGAGUCAAGAUCUCCAGAAGGAGAAUCUGAGGAAAAGGCCUCUGUCGAUGAGAUCCUAGAUGGGGAAGAAAGUAAUGCAGGCAAUAAGGACUCUCGAGAAUCUUUUUUUCCUUGGAAAGAAGAGCUGGAAAGCCUUGUCCAUGGAGGAGUACCAAAGGAUCUCCGAGGGGAGGUAUGGCAAGCUUUUAUGGGUGUCAAGGCACGACGAGUGGAAAGAUAUUAUGAGGAAUUGUUGGCUCAAGAAAAUGAUGAUCAGCAUAGCAAUUCAUCUGGUGUAUUCAGUAAAUGGAGGAAGCAGAUUGAGAAGGAUUUAAUGCGGACUUUUCCUGGUCAUCCAACUUUGAAUAGGGAUUCCUUGAGGCGUUUACUUUUAGCAUAUGCACGACAUAAUCCCUCGGUUGGUUACUGUCAGGCAAUGAAUUUCUUUGCUGGAUUAUUGUUACUUGUGAUGCCAGAGGAAAACGCCUUUUGGGCCUUGGUGACUAUUAUUGAUGAUUUCUUUGAUGGUUACCAUUCAGAGGGCAUGAUAGAAUAUCAGGUUGACCAACUUGUAUUCGAUGAGUUGAUGCGCGAAAGAUUUCCCAAAUUGGUCAAUCAUCUGGAUUACUUGGGAGUGCAGGUGGCAUGGAUAUGUGCACCUUGGCUUCUUUCCAUUUUUAUUAAUACGCUUCCUUGGGAAAGCGUUCUUCGCAUUUGGGAUGUACUUCUAUUAGAAGGAAAUCGUGUUAUGCUAUUUCGUACGGCCCUUGCUUUAUUGGAGUUAUAUGGUCCUGCCUUAAUUACAACCAAGGAUGCUGGGGUUGCCAUCAAUUUACUGCAAUCCCUUGUCGGUUCAACAUUUGACAGCAGCCAACUUGUUUUGACUGCCUGCAUGGGAUUUUUGGCUGUGACUGAUUCUAAAUUACGAAAGCUGAGAGACAAGCAUAGACCAUCUGUGUUACUGGAUGUUGAGGAAAGAACAAAAAGAAGCCGGUUUUCAGAAGCAUUAAAAGGACUUGCAUAUACACGGUACUGUGUAAAAAAUGAGCCUGUUUCACUGCUGGAAGAAGCUAAGCCUGCUGAAGAUUUAGCUGAUGGAGAUGAAUCUAAGUUGGAGUCCCAUUCCUCUUAUCUGGAUCAAUUGCUUUGUAGCUUAAACGCAGAUUUAGUUGGUUCUCAACCGGAUAUUCAGGAGCAGGUUGACUGGAUGAAGGUUGAGUUGUGUAGGUUGCUUGAAGAUAAAAGAGCUGCUGUUCUCCAAGCUGAGGAGCUAGAGACAACCCUUGUGGAGUUGGUCAAGGAAGAUAAUCGACGGCUAUUGAGUGCAAAGAUUGAACAGUUAGAGCUAGAAGUGGCUGAUCUACACCAAGCUCUUGCUGAUAAGAAAGAACAGGAAGCUGCCAUGAUUAAGGUUUUGGCACGGAUGGAGCAAGAGCAAAGGAUAACUGAAGAUGCUCGCAGAAACGUGGAGAAAGAUGCAGCUGCCCAGAGAUUUGCAGUUACCAUGCUUCAGGAAAAAUAUGAGAAGGCUAUGGAUUCUAUUGCUCGGAUGGAGAAGAGGGUCAUAAUGGCAGAAUCGAUGUUGGAGGCUACCUUGCAAUAUGAAAGUGGCCAAGCUGAAGCGCUGUCUUCUCCGCGGACACCACAUGCUACACUGGAUAGUCCCAGAAGAAAGGCGGGGCUGUUGUCAUUCGGACUUGGCUGGCGUGACAAGAACAAGCCUUACGAGUUGCAGGCCAAACUUGAUUUCGAGGAGUCGACAGAACAAAAAUCCGACCCUAGCACGACCCAGGAAGAAACCAACUCUGUAAAUGAACAAACGCUUUUGAACUAGUCCUCGGCUGCUACCAAAGAAAUCACUUAUCUGCAUCUGUUCUGGUAUUUUAUUUCUCUUUUACCUCAUUUGUAUCAUGAAUAUACUGGCAAUUACCUAUAAGGAAAUGGUCAAAUUGUGUUAAGUAUCAAUCUGAUCCCUAGGAAGACUUGAAGAAGUAGAUUGGGUUGAACGUAAAUAAUCAAAUGUGUUGCAGCAUAUUGCACUUUUUAUUCAGUAAACAGAAGACUUCUAUUUAAUAUCACAAUUUCGAAUCCCAGAUGCAAUGCGUGGCAUGGUACUUGGUUCAACCAUUCUCUAUUUCAUGUAUUCAGUGUACGGAAUAAAUGUACUACAAAAUUAGGCAUCUGAU